AAAUUAAAGCAUUUUUUGACACAUUUCCUUUGUGAUUGAGAUUUUUUCAAAGCGCAAAAUUCAUUAUUAAACAUUUUAUAGCACAUUUAUUUGGUAAAAAAAAAGUUAAAGAAAAAAAAUUAUAAAUGCUGAAAAUGAGCGCCUCACGUUUAGACUCAUGCGUGUCCCAAGACCAAUCGCAAAAUGUGGUCAAUGAGGAGAGCCACAGUAACAACAACCACAGCAGUAUUCCAUUGGGCAAUGGCAUAGAAGAAACUAAUAUGGAUAAACACCAUAGUAGUCGUAGGUAUGAUCGACGUGAUGCUGGCCCCUACUGCAACAUGUCAGCUGAGACAAGUGACGAUAGUUUAUGCGGUACGAUGACAACGUCGCGAAAAUCACGAAGAAUGCAGCCUGCAGAUGGCUAUGAAUGUGUGAAUGGCGGUUUGGGUGAUUGCAGUCAGUGCCGUAAGCAUCGUAUGGCCAAAGCGCGUCGUAGUCGUCGUAGGAAGUCACGUUCACGAAGUCGUCGUCGUCGUCGCCAUUAGGUUUAAUUGUUUUAUGUCAUUUGACUUUGAUAAAAUUUUCUGUGUGACGUAUUGAAUGAAACAUUUACAUAUGAAGAUUUAUAUUUCAAAAAUAAAGAAGCGGUGAUUUGAGAUGGGGA